AUGUCUUCUUCCCUAGAUUGUGCAGCAAAUUUCGUGGAGACGGAUUCCAGUGCCGAACAUUCUUGGAACGAUUAUUCCUCACUAGAGGUAAACCCUUCCACAUCUUGGGAUUCCAGUGCCAACUUUGCCUGGCGUUAUCAAGAGAAUGAAGAGGGGUCAAACGGUUCUCGAAAUGUCGUGACCAGACAGAUCAAGAACAUUCCACCACCGCCUCCUCCUCAACAUCAACUCUGGCAGUAUCCAGAAUACGUCACUUUUGCCUCGCGGUUUGCAACGUUUUGGGACUGGCCAAGAUACUUGAAAGGACCCAACAAAAAAGACUUGGCUCGAGCUGGAUUUAUCUACACACAGAUCGGAGAUAAAGUGACCUGUUUCUGCUGUGGAAUGACACUGAAAAAUUGGGAACCCAUCGACGAUGCCUACCAAGAACACCUUCGUUGGUCCAAGAAUUGUCAAUUCGCUCAGAUGGUGUCUGAUGGAAAGAACGAGAAUUACAGGAAAGGAAUUCAUCCCAGAAAUAAUUUUCGGUGA